AGCAGUAUGCAGGAAUCAUACGAAGAAGAAACCCUGUUCAGUAAAGAUAUGUCGCAGAUGCCUAUGGAACAGGUAUGGUGAAGAGGUGGAGGAAGUAGCUAGUUUGGAGGAAUGGAAGUGCCCGAAAUGCAGGGGCGCUUGCAACUGCAGUGUGUGCUUUUCACUGCUACCCAUAGAUACAAAGACAACCAUUUCUCUUGAAGGCGGGAAAAGGAAUCGGCAAAGAAAAUUUAAUGCAGAUGACUUCGAAAGAUUCUACGGCAAAAUUUCCCAAUUCUGCCGAUAAGUAUUGAGAACUGUCGCCGCUGCACAUUACGAAACCAUCAAAACCACAGCGCCGGCAAGUUCAGAUUUCAGAAUGAAGGAAAAUUUCCGGUGUUGGAUAUCUGAAUACAACACAGAAAUGGCGGUUGAAGCAUCCCUAGGUAAUUAUGUGGCGUCUCCAUCAGCAGAGCACGUUAAAUCAACCGGAAAAUCGGCUGCCGGUAGCCAAGUUAGUAAUUCUGGUGACGGAGUAUAUUGCCAUCAGUGUCGUCAAAAAACCAGGGCUCCCGCAGCAGCAUGCAAGAAUCUUGCGAAGAAGAAACUCUGUUCAGUAAAGAUGUGUUGCAGAUGCCUAUGGAACAGGAGGAGAAAGGGCCUUCAACCCAUGGGUGUACUUACCAGGGCAGCAAAAGCGACUGGAAAGGAUGUUUUAUCUGCUAGAAAGAAAGGAAGAAAGGGAAGGAAAGUUUGGAUAUAGAUGAUAAUACCUCUUUGAAGAGAAUGAAACAUUCUAAACUGGCUGAAACCAGCCAUACUAUUCGUGAAGAAAUUGUGCUGCCACUGGAAACCGGCCAAACAUUCAAAUUGUGUUGAAUUGAUAAUUAUACUUGUA